GCAGGUUUAUAGACGCUCCAUAAAUGCUGUCUACGGACAACAUUUUAUUUGUCUCCAGAAUCGCCCAAUCGUGGGGACAGCUUGCUAACCUGGUCCGCACAAUUUCUUUGAAGUUCCUUCUUCAGUUUUUACAAUGUUUGUCCAGUUGCUGGGCGCAGGGGACUCCUUCCUAAAGGUUCAGACCCUGGGGGCGCAGGGGGGGCUGCCCUCUCCACCCCGCUCCCUGAGCCCCCCAGAGAGACGAUGCUAUCCCUUUCUUCUCUCAUUGUGUCGCCCCGGGCCAUCCUGCUCGUCUGGGACACGACUUCAACACACGAUGGCUUUAUGAUUAUGUUUUCUGUUUUUGCCACACCAAGCCGUAAUCAAUUAAUCUAUCGAUCGUAAUUCAGUGAAGUAUUGGGUUAUGCAGAGAAGUCGAAUGGCCUUUGAAGAAGGUCUCUGAAAGUUAGAAGAAGUUAUGGAACUGUUUCGGGGCUGAAUCGUGCAAAAGGACCCAACAAUGUCCCAUUUGGCUCGCGUCCGGAGGAGGGGAUGUACGACUGGCCUUUACGCACUGCGAAACGUCCCUGCAAACAUUUCCAGUGCUUCUGGAGGCGUUUGGUUACCUUUUUUCUUCAUGCUGUCGUUAAACGCGUUCGUCGAAAGUGCAGCAAGUGUCGCAGGUCCCAAGGCUGAACACCAGGGGGUCUGUCCCAACAAGAUCAAUGGCAAUCUGUGGGUGGACGCGCAGAGCACCUGUGAGAGAGAAUGCAACGUCGAUGAGGACUGCGCCGACUUUGAGAAGUGCUGCACCAACGUGUGCGGCCUGAGCAGCUGUGUCGCGGCGCGCUUCGCCGACGGCCCCCCCCCCCAGCCGGAGAGCCCGGACGGGGGCGACGGGGACGGCAGCUCCGCCACCUGCGCCGGGUUCCUCUGCAGCCAGCAGGGGGCGACCUGCGACCUCUGGGAGGGCCAGCCCGUCUGUGUGUGCCGGGACCGCUGCGAGAAGGAGCCCGGCUUCACCUGCGCCUCCGACGGCCUCACCUACUUCAACCGCUGCUACAUGGACGCCGAGGCCUGCGUCCGCGGCGCCACGCUCACCGAGGUGGUCUGCCGCUUCUACCUGGCCGGACCCCCCACCGGCCCGCCGCCCCGGGACCCCACGGCUCUCCCCGCGCCCACCGCCCCCCUGGCGGACGCCCUGCCCCCCACCCUCUUCUCCAACCCGGCCCCCCAGUCCACGUACGUGGGGGGCACGGUCAGCUUCCACUGCGACGCCCUGGGGCUCCCCAAGCCCGAGGUCACCUGGGAGAAGCAGAGCGAGCGGCGCGGGCGCCUGGUGAUGCGGCCCGACCGCAUGUACGGCAACGUGGUGAUCACCAACAUCGGCCAGCUGGUCGUCUACAACGCGCAGGUCUGGGACACGGGCGUGUACACCUGCGUGGCGCGCAACGCGGCCGGGGCGCUGCGGGCCGACUUCCCCCUGUCCGUCGUCCGCAGGGCGGAGCACGACUUCGGCGAGGACCCCGAGAUGCCCAUGGGCCGGCCCUUCUCGCCCGCCGACUGCCUGGCCGCCGCAAACCUGCGGGCGUGCAGCGGCGAGCGCCACGUGGACUGGUACUACGACGGUAGCGGCGGCGGCGGCGGUGGCUGCGUGGCGUUCACCAACAGCGGCUGCGAGGACAGCAGGAACCGCUUCGAGACGUACGACGAGUGCCGGGCGUCCUGCCAGCGCGAGGGGGCGGGGACCUGCGCCCUCGCCGCCGUGCAGGGCCCGUGCAAGGCCUGGGAGGCGCGCUGGGCGUGGAACCCGCCGGCCAAGCGCUGCCUCGCCUUCGCCUACGGCGGCUGCCACGGCAACGCCAACAACUUCCGGAGCAGGAGGGAGUGCGAGGCCCGCUGCCCGCAGGCGAGGCGGCGGCCGUGCCGCGCGUGCCGCCUCAGGGGGAAGCUGGUGGCCAGCCUGUGCCGGAGCGACUUCGCCUUCGUGGGCCGGCUGUCGGAGCUGAUCCAGGACCUGGACUCGGGCAUCGCCCGCUUCAGCCUGGAGGAGGUGCUGCUCGACGACCAGAUGGGCCUGAGCUUCUUCAACACCCGGCACCUGGAGGUGACGCUGGCCGAGGUGGACUGGAGCUGCCCCUGCCCCAACAUGACGGCGGCGGGGGGCGGCCCCUGGCUGGUGAUGGGCGUGGUGCGGGACGGCGCGGCCGUCAUCCAGCCCGACAGCUACGUGAGGAGCGUCUCGGAGCGCCGGCUUAGGAAGGUCCGGGAGGCUGUCAGCAGGAAGACCUGCGAGGGGUCGGCGCGCCCACAGGCGUAGCCCGGGGAGACACGG